AUGCCUCCAGCAAAUCAACAAUCUCCAGUCUCUUCUCAAGCAGCCAGGACACCUGCAUCCAAGUCCAAGAGGGCUGCAAAGUCUGAUGCAGCCCCCUCUACUGCCAAAAGAACAAGAACCUCUGUUGCUACACAUGUUCUGAAACCAAACUCUGAUGUGCCAACAAACUCUGAUGUGGCAACAAACGCUGAUGAGCCAAAGAAAAGAAGAAGGCUUGUUGCAGCAUAUGAAUAUGAUGAUCUUGAACCUGCACAAGAUGUAAACUCUGAACCACAGAUCAGUCCUCCAAAGCCAGCCAGAUUCAAAAGAAGGGCUCAAAAGCCUGCAAGGGCAAAAGUCCCAAUCACUGAAAUCACAGACUUCACAGUUGACGAAGAGCAAACACCAUCAAGUCCAGUUGCUGAAGAUUCUCAAGCUCUGAUGACUGGUGAAGAUAAUGUGGAAGCUCAAGAAAAAUCUGCUCAAGAUAAUGUGGAGAAAGUUGCUGAUACUGUUCCUGAUGAUGACAAAGCAAACUCUGAUACUGAGGAUGAUGACAGUUCAGAUACUGACAAGGAUGAAAAUGAUGGAAUUGUGAUCACUAUAUCAUAA